AUGCUGUUCAUUCGGAUGCUGAGGCAAGUGGGGCAGAGCCCGGCCUGUGGCUGUUGGACACCUGUCCUGCCGGUCCGCUUUCUGGGCAUCUCCCCUCGGCAAAUUCCAGCAGAUGCUAACUUCCACUCUGCGUCUUUCUCUGACACAGACCAUCCGCGAGUCUUAAUUACAGGGGGUCUUGGCCAGCUGGGAGUGGGGCUUGCUAAUCUUUUGAGGAAACGAUUCGGAAAGGACAAUGUGAUUUUGUCUGACAUCAGGAAGCCCCCCGAUCAUGUCUUUCACAGUGGUCCGUUCAUUUAUUCUGAUAUCUUGGAUUACAAGAAUCUUCGGGAGAUUGUGGUAAACAACCGCAUCACCUGGCUCUUUCAUUACAGCGCUUUGCUCAGCGCCAUUGGAGAAGCAAAUGUUUCACUGGCUAGAGCAGUGAAUAUAACUGGCCUGCAUAACAUCCUGGAUGUCGCUGCGGAACACAAUCUGCGAUUGUUUGUGCCUAGCACGAUCGGGGCCUUUGGACCCACCUCUCCGCGGAACCCAACCCCCGAUCUCUGUAUUCAGAGACCCAGGACCAUCUACGGGGUGUCCAAGGUCCACGCGGAGCUCAUGGGAGAAUAUUAUCAUUACCGGUAUGGGUUAGAUUUCCGAUGCCUGAGAUAUCCUGGAAUCAUUUCAGCUGACUCCCAGCCUGGAGGAGGAACAACUGACUAUGCAGUCCAGAUUUUUCAUGAUGCCACAAAGCAUGGCAAAUUCGAGUGCAACCUGGAAGCCCGCACAAGGCUGCCCAUGAUGUACAUUGACGACUGCCUCAGGGCCACCCUGGAGGUCAUGGAGGCCCCGGCCGAGUCCCUCUCCAUGAGGACCUACAAUGUCAGCGCCAUGAGCUUCACACCCGAGGAGCUGGCCCAGGAGGUCCUCAAGCACGUGCCGGAAUUCCAGAUCACAUACAACGUGGAUGCCGUUCGGCAGGCCAUAGCGGAUAGUUGGCCGAUGAAAUUUGAUGACAGCAAUGCUCGGAAGGACUGGGGGUGGAAACACGAUUUUGAUCUUCCAGAGUUGGUGACUACCAUGUUGAACUUUCAUGGUUCUGAAACCAGAGUUGCCCAAGCCAACUGA